AUUCGAUCCAGGCGACACUGAGUAUGUAGACGACACAAUUUCCGAGGAUGUCAAUGUCAUUGUCUAGGUGGAAAACUUUUCCAGACUGACAUAUUUAAUCUUCAAAGCGACCAAUAAUUGUCAACCCUAUAAAAAGUCAAAGUAGAACAUCAACAUGGGCAAUUGGAAGAAGCGAAAUGCCGCUAAGCGGCGACGGACCGAGGAAGUUCAAGCUGCUGCUAAAAAGAGUCUAUCCGAAAGUGUUGCCACUUCCUCUGAUCCAGUUAAAAGCCUGAACAUCGAAGACUUGGGCCUGGACAGGACCCUCUUAGACCGGUUGCGCGCUCUAGACCGGUUCAAAUGUCCUGUUUGUGAUGGAAGCGCGGCAUUAUUUUGUCCCAGAUGCCUACGGAUUCAUCCUGGUAUUGAACAUCCUUGGGCCCAUGGAGGAGAGGUAGCAGAGGCCUCAAAGGCAAUCGACCUGCGUGGGCAGAGAGAGGUUUCGUCUGGAGGAGAACUACAGUCAUCAAAAGGAGAAAACGACCAUGAUGAAACCCGUAGAAUUUCGCUUCCCUUACUGGACACCAGCGACUUUCCUGUCAAACUGCACAUAAUAACGCAUCCCGGGGAGAAGAUUCAGAAAAGUAGCAUUUCGGGACUGAAGUUUUUGUGCAGAGACUAUGUGCAGAGACUAGGUGGAGGAGCUCCUGAAGUUGAUGGUGAUAAAACGACCAAGGAUACUGAUUCUCCAAAGCCUGAAGAUGCUUCAGCACAAGAAGAAACAGCAAUAAAACUAUCCGCUGAUGCGCUUCCAUGGAUCACAACGUCGGAGUUUCGACGAGCAGAAGGAAGUACUAUUGGUCCGUCAACGAAUGCUUCGCCCUCUAUGUUCUCAAGUGUGGACGAUUUUUUCAGGCGGAUCGACGUCAGGGAUUGUGCUCUGCUGUUUCCGGCGGAAGAUUUUAGAGACGCAGAGGACGCGGAGGAAAAUGUUUCAUCGGGCGCAGAGGACGCUCCUACAUCACUCGAAGACAUCAAGGAGGUUCCAGAAGCAGAGGUCAGCAAAGGUCUUGUCGAUGUCGCACUAGAUGUCGUACCAAGAAAUGCUGAUCCCCAAAUAAAGGCUUCAAGAACUCGGCAACCCAAAAUUGUCAUCCUCAUCGACUGCACUUGGUUCCAGACCGACGAAGUCCUACAAGCCUUACCCAAAGACUUGGCUCGUGUGCAGAUUGGGCGAUACAAAACGAGUUUCUGGCGACACCAUGGGAGGGUUCAAGACCAAGGCCUCAGCGAAGAACACUUGAGCACCGUAGAAGCGGCUUACUACUUAGUGAAAGAACAGUUGUGGAACACGAAGAGGACUUUGCAAGCUUCUGUAGUUCCUGAAAAACCUAGUGAAUUGAAUGGAGGUGCGGAUCCAAGAAAGUUUGACACUAUGCUCUUGUGGUUCGUUCUACAAUUGCAAAGGAUUGGAAGCAACACCAGGGCAAAGAAGAAGCUACAUGAUGAUAAGGUUACAGAUGAGGUAAAAUUGGACACUUGUUUUACUUGAGAUCAACCCUUCUUCUGAUUCAUAAUUCCUCUUCAGUCUACUUCUAGGCGGCACCCGCCUCUUACGUACUCAAUAAUCGCACAAGCUCAUGCACAUG